UAAAGUCUUAAGGCAACAGCUCCUUAGUCUUCACUCCAGCUUUAUAAGUAAAAAGUCUUCGCUGCUGCCUUUUUCCACCUUCACUUUUACCCCAGAGAAAGAAAAAAAAGCAGCAGAGAACAAGUUAGAUAAGAGAAAAAAGAUUAGGACAAUUAGCAGCAUGAACCCUCAAGUUGCAGCUGAUGAAAUGGUACUCAUUUCUCAGUACUAUCCUGAUAUUUACACCCAACUGGUACCACAACAAGGAGAGACGAAACCACGGCGUAGGCGUAAGAAGAAGCAAGGAGAAGGGAGUGGGAGUGGGGUUAUGAGGAAGAGAAAGCUGAGUGAUGAACAAGUGAAUCUACUUGAGCAAAGCUUUGGGAACGAGCACAAACUGGAGUCAGAGAGGAAGGACAAGCUCGCCUCAGAGCUGGGGCUUGACCCUCGCCAAGUUGCUGUUUGGUUCCAGAACCGGAGGGCUCGUUGGAAGAGCAAGAAGCUUGAGGAGGAAUACUCCAAGUUGAAGUCUGAUCAUGACACUAAUGUCGUUGAGAAAUGCCGUCUUGAAUCUGAGGUCUUAAAAUUGAAGGACCAGUUAUCUGAAGCAGAGAAGGAGAUACAAAGGUUGCUAUUAGAACGCUGUGAUGGGGUUUCGAGCAACAAUAGUCCAAGUACUUCAUCUUUCUCAAUGGAAGCUGCUAUGGAACCACCAUUUCUUGGGGAGUUUGGAAUGGAGGGAUUAGAUAAUGUGUUCUAUACACCAGAUAACACUUAUGUUCAGGGAUUAGAUUGGGUUAACCUAUAUAUUUGAUAGGAUCGAUCAUGUGAUUAAUUACUUUCUAAUUUUAGGAUCCCACAAUUCUAUUUGUAGAUACUCAUGACCCCACUACUAAAGCAAAUGUAUGUACAUAUAUCUUUUCCCCUUGCUUUUCCUAGACUAGUGUGUGUUUAUUACUGGCUAGUAUUUGACUAGCUAGCUAUAGCAAGUAGCAAGAUGGAAUAUAACUUGGACAUUUCUCUUA